CACAUUUCAUUUGAAAUAAUAACAUUUGCAAAAGAAAACUCUUUGAUUUUAUUAACAUUUCCACCACACUGCAGUCAUAGAUUGCAGCCUUUGGAUGUUUCGGUGUUUGGUCCUUUUAAAUCUUAUUUUAGAUUGGCUCAGAAUGAAUGGUUGGCCUCCAAUCCAGGGAGAAUUAUUAACAUAUAUAAUUUACCUCAGCUAGCAUGCAAAGCAUAUAAUAUGUCUUUCACAAUAAAAAAUGUUUGCAGUGGGUUUUCUAAAUGUGGGAUCUAUCCACUCAAUAGACAAAUAUUUGGGGAAAGUGAUUUCAUAUCAUCUAGUGUUAGUGACAGACCUCUUCUUGUCGAGCAACCAGAAAUUAAACAACCAGAUAAUCAACAAUCAUAUGAAAUAAAUAAACUAGUUGAUUCUUCAGAAUCAUCAGUCAAAAUAGUUAGUCCAGAAUCCAUUUAUCCGUACCCUAAAGCACCCCCAAGAAAAGAUUCUGAAAAAAGAAGAAAGCAGGGUAAAAGUACUAUAUUAACUAAAACUCCAGAAAAGACAGUAAAUAAGAAAAACAUUUUUGAAACUGGUAAAAUUACCACACAAAAUCUAAAAAGAAAAAUUGACCUCAAAAGAGGGAAAGAAACAGAAAUCUUUGAUGCAGAUUUUUUAAUUGUGUCAUCUGUAAAAAAUGUAACUGGAAGAAUUUCGUUGGGCCUGCUUGGAUUCAGUGUUUUACUUGUCAAUGGUGGAUAUGUGGUAAUUGUAAUAAUAACAGCAAGAAGCGUUAUUAUAAAUGUGAACUAUGUGAAGUUGACUGUUGAUAUCUUCUACACUUUCUUUGAUGGUUUUUAUUUCAUGUACUUUGCAACAAGCAAUAAUUGUUGAUUUUUAUAU